AUGGAUACAAAAGGUGAAUUAGAUAAACAGCAAGAUGAUAUUGGAAGCAUUGAAAAUCUAGUUGUUAGUGAUCCAAUCCAUGUACAACAUAAGAAACAUCAAUCUAAUUGUUAUAAAUCAGAAGGUGAAGUGCUAUACAAGAAAAAUAUACGUAGUGCUACAAAUUCAAUGAAUCAAGUUUCAAAUGAGAAUGAGUUAGCUCAAAGUUAUAGCUCUAAUAGUAGUAGUUCAAAAUGUGUAAGGCAUUGUCAAAAAUGUAAACAA